CAAUACUCUCCAGUCUCUCACUAGUAGUCACUGGACCUGAACAAAUUGUAUUCUAUAGCCACGUUUAAAGUUUAAACCAUCUUCUCUGAUUCAUUCAUAUAAACUCUCUCUCUUUCCAAACAAACCAUUGUCAACCUGUGUAUACCAAACAAUGCAAUACAAAAAUCUGGGUCGAUCAGGUCUAAAGGUGAGUCAGCUUUCAUAUGGAGCAUGGGUAAGUUUCGGGAACCAACUAGAUGUGAAAGAAGCGAAGUCAUUAUUGCAGUGUUGCAGAGACCAUGGUGUCAACUUCUUUGAUAACGCAGAGGUUUAUGCAAAUGGAAGGGCAGAAGAGAUUAUGGGUCAAGCGAUCCGUGAACUUGGGUGGAAACGGUCGGAUAUAGUAGUUUCUACAAAGAUCUUUUGGGGUGGUUCUGGUCCUAAUGACAAAGGCUUAUCAAGAAAGCAUAUUGUUGAGGGUACUAAAGCUUCCCUUAAGAGAUUGGAUAUGGAUUAUGUCGAUGUCAUUUAUUGCCAUCGGCCAGACUCAUCGACACCAAUUGAAGAAACAGUAAGGGCAAUGAAUCAUGUGAUUGAUAAGGGGUGGGCGUUUUAUUGGGGAACUAGUGAGUGGUCAGCACAACAGAUCACUGAAGCAUGGGGCAUUGCAGAAAGGCUGGACUUGGUAGGACCUAUUGUGGAGCAGCCAGAGUACAAUUUGCUGUCUAGACACAAGGUAGAGUCAGAGUACCUCCCUCUAUACACCAACUAUGGCCUGGGUCUCACUACUUGGAGUCCUCUUGCAUCUGGAGUGCUCACUGGAAAAUACAGCAGGGGAGCUAUACCUCCUGAUAGCCGGUUUGCCUUGGAAAACUAUAAGAAUCUUGCUAGCCGGUCCCUGAUUGAUGAUGUUCUGAAGAAGGUUAAUGGGCUAAAGCCAAUUGCUGACGAACUCGGUGUGCCUUUAUCUCAACUUGCUAUAGCAUGGUGUGCUGCUAAUCCAAAUGUCUCAUCAGUUAUCACUGGUGCUACAAAGGAAUCUCAGAUUCAAGAGAACAUGAAAGCUAUUGAUGUCAUCCCCUUAUUGACUCCUGCUGUGAUGGAGAAGAUUGAGGCCGUUGUUCAAAGCAAGCCAAAACGUCCAGAUUCAUAUAGGUAAUCACCAGACGUGCAGAACACCCAGAACGUCUGGCAUGUCACGUGGAUGAUUCAUUUUUUGAAGGUAUUGGAAAAGCAAAGCUCGCGCCUCAGUUCAUUAUCGGUAGUAGUUUCUCGGUCUCAUGGAACUUGAAAUCCACCAUUGGAUUUUCAUGUACUUGGUUUCUCUUUCUAUUUUUAAUGAUUGUCGGGGGGUUGGUGGAUGUCCAUUGCUGAUGUCUGUACUUGCGAAAGUUGGUAAACUAUGACAAGUGGAAACUGUAUUCUUUUAUAGCAGUGGUUUGUUUUGCUGUUCUCAUGGUGAAUAUCUGAAAUAUAGGUUAAAUUGUUAUGAUCA